GUGUUUGAACAGGAAGGCGGACAUGUUGGUCGGGCUGUGGGAGAGAAUCGGGCACCGUCUGCUGUUUUUUUUUUCUCUUCUCCGAAAAAAAUCAGAACCUGACCUGUGAGUCUUCGAUCCGAGGGACGGAGCAGCUCGGAGGGGAACCAGCCGACAGCCGGUGACAGUGCCCGGGAAGCAGCGGGGGGACAGCCGUCAAAGCGCCGUUACGAGUCCUCGGUUAAACUGAUCGCAAUUUGGAAGAAGCAGAAGUUUUUUCCCCCGCAGCACUUCUACUUUUGAGCUGUCAGAUUCGACCGUGUGCAGCGGCCUGGCUCCGGGAUGGGAACCGGCCCGGACUGACACAGACGCCGCUCCUCGGGGGGGACUAACUUUUUAACUGGCUUUUGUUUGGAUGCACCAACAUUUUAAGCUCUUAUCCCCGGUGGCAUCCUGCGGAGGCUGACUAAUCUGUCGCCGCGUUUAUCGUUUUGCUUCUGAAGUUGUUUUGUCACUCAUACCGGGGGGGGGAGGUGGAGGAAAAACCCUCUUUCGACGCCCAACAUGUGGCUUUUGUAUAUUCAGCGCAACCUCAAGCGUUUCAUCGUGUGUGGAAGCUCCGGGAGAACAAUGUCUUUUCUGUGAAGCGGCGGAGUGAAGUUCACGCGAAGAAAGGAACAUUUUGGCUAGCUAGCUACCGCUGGCUGCUAAAGCUAGCUAGCCAGCCCUCUGCCUCGCCACCGAGCUGUUUUUGUUCGCAAGCCCCCCAGAAACACCGGGACUCAGUAUGACAGCGAAAAUGUCUGCCGGGGACAGUGUGGAGGCUCGAUUCGAAAAAAUCGAUGCCAUGUUGAAGGACCCCAAGUCGGAAAUAAACACGGAUUGUCUUCUGGACGGCUUGGAUGCACUGGUGUAUGACCUUGACUUUCCUGCCCUGAGGAAAAACAAGAGCAUUGACAACUUCUUGAAUAGAUAUAAGGAAACUAUAAGUAAAAUCCGUGAUCUACGCAUGAAAGCUGAAGACUAUGAGGUAGUUAAAGUUAUUGGGAGAGGUGCGUUUGGAGAGGUGCAAUUGGUAAGACACAGAGCCACAUGCAAAGUAUACGCCAUGAAGCUGCUGAGCAAGUUUGAGAUGAUCAAGAGAUCGGAUUCUGCUUUCUUCUGGGAGGAGAGGGACAUCAUGGCUUUCGCCAGCAGCGGAUGGGUAGUGCAGCUCUUUUUUGCUUUCCAAGAUGAUCGCUACCUCUACAUGGUAAUGGAGUACAUGCCCGGUGGCGAUUUGGUUAACUUGAUGAGCAACUAUGAUGUCCCCGAGAAGUGGGCCCGCUUUUACACAGCUGAGGUGGUGCUGGCUCUCGAUGGAAUCCACUCAAUGGGCUUUAUUCACAGGGACGUGAAGCCUGAUAACAUGUUGCUCGACAAAGCAGGCCACUUGAAACUGGCGGACUUUGGGACCUGCAUGAAAAUGAACAAGGAUGGUAUGGUACGAUGUGACACAGCAGUGGGAACUCCAGACUACAUUUCACCCGAGGUACUGAAAUCCCAAGGAGGAGAUGGAUAUUACGGCAGAGAGUGCGACUGGUGGUCGGUGGGAGUGUUCCUGUACGAAAUGCUGGUUGGCGACACGCCUUUCUAUGCAGACUCACUGGUCGGGACCUACAGCAAAAUUAUGAACCACAAGAAUGCCCUGACCUUCCCUGAUGUCAGCGACAUCUCCAACGAUGCCAAGAAUCUCAUCUGCGCUUUCCUGACUGACAGGGAAGUCCGGCUUGGCCGUAACGGUGUAGAUGAGAUCAAGAGGCAUCCUUUCUUCAAGAAUGACCAAUGGACAUGGGAGAACAUCAGAGAGACGGCUGCUCCAGUGGUGCCUGAACUGAGCAGUGACGUUGACACCAGUAACUUUGACGACAUUGAGGAGGAUAGAGGCGAGGAGGAGACCUUUCCAAUACCAAAGGCCUUUGUGGGCAACCAGCUCCCCUUUGUAGGCUUCACCUACUACAGCAAUCAGCACCUUUUGCGCGGCACCGCCACAAAGACCGGUGAUAAGCGUAGCAGCUCCACAAAGGAAGACAAGGCUCAUCUGGAAAACCUGCAGAAACGAAUCUACCAUCUGGAGGAGCAGCUCCACAGUGAGAUGCAGCUGAAGGAUGAGUUGGAGCAGAAGUGCAGGUCAUCGAACACCAAGAUCGACAAGAUCAUGAAAGAACUGGAUGAAGAGGCAAACCAGAGGAAGAGUUCAGAGACCAGCAUUUCUCUGCUGGAGAAGGACAAGAUCAUGCUGCAGCACAGAUUCACAGAGUACCAAAGAAAAGCUGACCAGGACGCAGAGAAGAGACGCAAUUUGGAGAAUGAGGUGUCAACUUUGAAGGAGCAGCUUGAAGAUAUGAGGAAGAUCAGCCAGAACUCGCAGGCCUCGAAUGACAAGAUCGUCCAGUUGCAGAAUCAGCUGGAGGGGGCCAACGACCUGCUGCGUGUGGAGUCGGACACGGCGGCGAGGCUGAGGAAAAGCCACACUGAGGUGGCAAAGUCGAUGAGCCAGCUGGAGAGUUUGAACCGUGAUCUGCAGGAGAGGAGCCGUGCAGCAGACGGAGAGAAGGCGCAGCUGGAGAAAGAGCUUCUGCUUCUUCAGAGCACGCUGGACUCUGAGAGGAGGAACUACAGCCAGGGGUCUGAGGAGAUCAGGGAGCUGCAAGCGAGGAUGGCAGGAAUGCAAGAGGAUAACAAAAACUUGAAGCUCAGCCUCUCUAAAGUGGAGGCAGAACGUAAACAGGCCCAGGAGAGAACCAAUAACCUGGAGAAGGAGAAGAACAACCUGGAGAUCGACCUGAACUAUAAACUCAAGACCUUGCAGCAGCGUCUGGAGCAGGAACAGACUGAGCACAGGGUGACGCGAGCUCAGCUCACUGACAAAUAUGAGUCUAUCGAAGAAGCCAAAUCAGCUGCCAUGAAUGCUGUUCAGGUGAAGAUGUCUGAGGAGAAUGGAGCGAGAAUGAGAGCUGAGAGCCGGGUAGUGGAGGUGGAGAAGCAGUGCUCAAUGCUUGAGUUUGACCUUAAGCAGUCUGUGCAGAAGAUGGAGCAGCUGAUGAAGCAAAAGGAAAGGCUGGAAGAUGAUGUGAAGAAUCUGCGGAUACAGGUAGAGCAGGAGUCGAGCAAACGUGUCCUAGCUCAGAACGACUUGAAGAGCCGCACGCAAGAGGUGGAUCGCCUUAGGUGUUCAGAGAAGCAGCUCAAACAGGAGAUCAACACAGCCCUAGAGAGUAAACGCUCGCUGGAGUUCCAGCUGGCACAGCUGACCAAACAAUACAGAGGCAACGAGGGACAGAUGAGGGAACUUCAGGACCAACUGGAGGCCGAACAGUAUUUUUCUACGCUUUACAAAACUCAGGUCAAGGAACUCAAAGAGGAGAUUGAUGAAAGGAACCGGCAGGUACAAGAAGCUCACAAAAAGGUGCAGGAUUUGUGUGGUGAAAGGGACUCCCUGUCUGCCCAGCUGGAUCUGACAGUGACCAAGGCCGAGUCAGAGCAGCUUGCCCGGGCCCUUCAGGAGGAACAGUACUUUGAGCUCAGUCAGGAGAACAAGAAGGCGAUGACCAGACAUAAACAGGAGAUUGUGGAAAGGGAGGGUACCAUAACACGGCUUGAGGAAUCCAAUAAAACUCUGACCAAAGAUGUGGAGCACCUCAGCAAAGAGAAGACUGAUUUGAAUGAGAAGCUUAGUACUCAGGAAGAAGAGUAUGAAGCCCAGAAGGAGGAGAUUACAAAUACAAUCAAGGCCAACUACGACAAGGUCCUCACCACAGAGCGCACACUGAAGACUCAGGCGGUAAACAAGCUGGCAGAGAUCAUGAAUCGCAAGGACAUGAAGCUGGACCACAAGAAAAAGGCCAGUACUGCCGACCUGCGGAAGAAGGAGAAAGAGCACCGCAAACUUCAGCUGGAGCUUAACCAGGAGAAGGAGAAGUUCAACCACAUGGCCAUCAAGUAUCAGAAGGAGUUGAGCGAGAUGCAGGGGCAACUUGUAGAAGAAUGUACGUAUCGCAACGAGCUCCAGAUGCAGUUGGACAGCAAGGAGAGCGAUAUCGAGCAGCUUAGGGAGAAACUGAACGACCUGCAACUGCGCAUGGAUAAUUCAAGUGUCACCAGUUUGCAGACAGAUGAGACGGACAGCAACAUCGCAGAAUCCAGAUUGGAGGGUUGGCUGUCCAUUCCUAAUCGUGCUAAUAUCAAAAGAUACGGAUGGAAGAAACAGUAUGUGGUGGUGAGCAGUAAGAAGAUUCUGUUCUACAAUGACGAGCAGGAUAAGGAGCAGUCCAACCCUUCAAUGGUACUAGAUAUAGAUAAACUAUUUCAUGUGAGACCAGUCACUCAAGGAGACGUGUACCGGGCUGAGACAGAAGAGAUUCCAAGGAUAUUCCAGAUUCUGUAUGCCAACGAGGGGGAGUGCAGGAAGGAUGCGGAAAUGGAGACGGUCCCUCAAGGCGACAAGACCAACUGCCUCCCACACAAAGGUCACGAGUUCAUCCCUACGCUAUAUCACUUCCCUUCAAACUGUGAGGCCUGCUCCAAGCCUCUGUGGCACGUCUUCAAGCCGCCUCCGGCCCUGGAGUGUCGCCGCUGCCACGUCAAGUGCCACAAGGACCAUCUCGACAAAAAGGAGGAUGUUAUUGCUCCUUGCAAAGUAAACUACGAUGUGACCUCUGCCCGGGACAUGCUUCUGCUCGCCCUGACACAAGACGAGCAGAAGAAAUGGAUUGGUCACCUGGGAAAGAAGAUUCCCAAGACCCCGCCAUCUACCUUUUCAAGAGCCUCUCCUCGUUCCAUGUCCACUCGCUCUGGACCAAACCAGUCCUUCCGCAGGAACCCUAAAAGCAAUACAGGAAAGCUGAGCAGAGCGCAGUCCAGCCUCCAAGCAGCAGACACAACAUCCAGCACUUGUUGACAGGAACAUCUUCAGAAAGUGUUGAUUUUUUUUUUUUUUUUAAGACUUUUGUCUCCAGCAUUAAACUUGUCUAUUUAUUAAUUGUGUUACCGGGUGCUUCUAACACGAGACACUUCCUGAUUGGUUGGUUGGUUGGUUGGUUGGACUCCUGGGCUCUUUCCAGUUGACACUGUGGAUUCUUGUUUUUCUAAUUGGCACUAAUGUGUUGUUGGGUUCAGUAACUAACUUUAUAGACUUACUGUACAGUUCUGGUUAGAAUGAUCCACAUUAAGGAUUUUUUAAAAUACCUGUCGAACAUGAUGCAAAGGUGUUAACGGUGUAGCUGUGUCUGUAAACAAGCUUUCCUGCUGUAUGUUGACUCAGAUUGGGUUACUAACCGACUUUGAGAUGUUUCCUUCUUCCUUUCACUGGACACCUGUCUCUAUUCUUUCUUUCAGCUAACCAUCUGAACCGUUCCUCAUCCUCAAAAACGGAGAAACCUGUAUUACGUAGAAAAUUCAUUAAAAGGAAAAAAAGUAUAUCAAUAAAAAAAAAAAAACAGCGCUGGAGAAUUGCAACACAUGUCAGACACAAGGCAUCGUGGACAUAAAGAGGCCUUUCUUCAAGAGAAACACCAUCAUCCAACUCAGCAAACUUGCAGCUCUCCAUUUCUACCAGAAGAUGGCACACUUGUCUGGAACUAAACGUGGACUGUGCAGCGAUAUAUAGACUCAUGUCAUUGGAGCCAUUCUGUGUUUCAUAUCAUAUGACAGUUCUGAUGGAAACAGGAAGGUAAACUGGGGGUUUUGCUGGGACUCCUGUGGUUGUGUGUUUGGUUUAAGGUACUGUCAUACAGGGAUUUCAGAUCUGCAGUGAGUGGUUUGUGUCUCAGGGGUGGAAAAUAAAUAUCUUAUUUUGUAAUUUCUUUCCCCACCUGACGGAUACUCGAGCUACAUGCAAGCAUACAUCUGUUUUCAGCUUCAAGAAAAAAGAAAAGAAAAGAAAAAUGACCGAUGCCUUCAUCUAACGUCUCUGGCCCUUUUUGCCUUUAUUCUUAUCACUCUGCGAGUCACUUAUCAGGUUUGGGAGGGAGUAUUGGGACACAAGUAUUAGAUGUUUUGAGUAUUGAGUGAGGAGCAUGCAAGAUCAUCAUUUAAAUCUAUGCAUUAUUUUUAUUAUAAUUAUUUUUAUUGCUCCAAGCCAUAAGGAAUAUUCCAUUGUAAUGGCAUAUAGGAGUCCUGAAACUUAAUUGAUUUUCUUUUGUUUAUUUGGUACAUUGUAAUAUUUUUCAUUUUUUUUUUUUUUUUUGUAAUGUAUUGCCUUACAUUGAUUCAUAGAUACAUGGUUCAAAAGGAAAACAUUAAGUUAACAAAUGUAAAACUGCACUGUUUGAAUUGUAAAUUAUUUGUAGAAGACUAAACAGGUGUAGCAUUUGGCCCACCUAGUGCCUUAACGUUUGGAUAUUGAUUUUACUGCCAUAUCUGUUUGUUUGUUCAUUUUCUUUCUCCAAAAAACAAGACAAAUCUUAACUCUUCCACCAUCUGUUUUUUUAAGAAAUCGCCACACAUUUGUGGUUUUAUCAGAAUUCACUUUCUCUGGUUUAAGUAUAUGAUAUAUAUAUAUAUUAGAUUACCUCUUUAUGGACACACUGCAAUAGAGCUAGUGUGUCAAAACGAAGUCCCCCAGACUGGGUUCAUAUCACAUGACAAAUUUUGGGAUGGUGUACUCAAAGCGAUUCUACCUGUGUCAAUGAUUGUCCUUGUUACAAGUACAAGUUGUGUCUCUAGCACGGUAAUGUCCCGUUAAUGCAGACCCCCACAGUGUAUAUAAUAAGAGAGACAUGAGGAUUAUGGAAUACUGCCACAAUCUUUUCAUCUGUAACGUUUUGUUCAGUUAAAAAAAAAAAAAAGCACUGGAACUAUGAUCUACUCUUGUCUUGGAUAAUUUGCAUGGUUAAUUGCAUUGGAGUCCGCACUGAUGGAUAUGUCAAUAAACAUAUCUUUAUCAUU